AUGGGAACGGAAACAGAUAACGCAAUAAUAACAGAAGUAUUCUCGGAGGAACAAACACCUGAGAAAUCUAUUAAGAAACGAAUAAUUAAGAAAAAAGUUGGCAAAAAACAAGAAAUAACUGAAAUUGUUACAGUUCAAGAACAAAAUAAAGAACCUCAAACUACAGUCAAGAUUACGGAAGCUGAUAUUCCUGAUGAAGAGAUUGAAUCAAUUGCUCCAGAGAAGAUCAAAAAAGUAAAGACAAAGAAAACCAUUGAGGAUAUUCCCGAUGAUGUUAAGAUCAGUGAAGUUAUAACUGAGGAACAAACACCUGAGAAAUCUAUUAAGAAACGAAUAAUUAAGAAAAAGGUUGGCAAAAAACAAGAAAUAACUGAAAUUGUUACAGUUCAAGAACAAAAUAAAGAACCUCAAACUACAGUCAAGAUUACGGAAGCUGAUAUUCCUGAUGAAGAGAUUGAAUCAAUUGCUCCAGAGAAGAUCGAAAAAGUAAAGACAAAGAAAACCAUUGAGGAUAUUCCCGAUGAUGUUAAGAUCAGUGAAGUUAUAACUGAGGAACAAACACCUGAGAAAUCUAUUAAGAAACGAAUAAUUAAGAAAAAGGUUGGCAAAAAACAAGAAAUAACUGAAAUUGUUACAGUUCAAGAACAAAAUAAAGAACCUCAAACUACAGUCAAGAUUACGGAAGCUGAUAUUCCUGAUGAAGAGAUUGAAUCAAUUGCUCCAGAGAAGAUCGAAAAAGUAAAGACAAAGAAAACCAUUGAGGAUAUUCCCGAUGAUGUUAAGAUCAGUGAAGUUAUAACUGAGGAACAAACACCUGAGAAAUCUAUUAAGAAACGAAUAAUUAAGAAAAAAGUUGGCAAAAAACAAGAAAUAACUGAAAUUGUUACAGUUCAAGAACAAAAUAAAGAACCUCAAACUACAGUCAAGAUUACGGAAGCUGAUAUUCCUGAUGAAGAGAUUGAAUCAAUUGCUCCAGAAAAGAUCGAAAAAGUAAAGACAAAGAAAACCAUUGAGAAUAUUCCCGAUGAUGUUAAGAUCAGUGAAGUUAUAACUGAGGAACAAACACCUGAGAAAUCUAUUAAGAAACGAAUAAUUAAGAAAAAAGUUGGCAAAAAACAAGAAAUAACUGAAAUUGUUACAGUUCAAGAACAAAAUAAAGAACCUCAAACUACUGUCAAGAUUACGGAAGCUGAUAUUCCUGAUGAAGAGAUUGAAUCAAUUGCUCCAGAGAAGAUCGAAAAAGUAAAGACAAAGAAAACCAUUGAGGAUAUUCCCGAUGAUGUUAAGAUCAGUGAAGUUAUAACUGAGGAACAAACACCUGAGAAAUCUAUUAAGAAACGAAUAAUUAAGAAAAAAGUUGGCAAAAAACAAGAAAUAACUGAAAUUGUUACAGUUCAAGAACAAAAUAAAGAACCUCAAACUACUGUCAAGAUUACGGAAGCUGAUAUUCCUGAUGAAGAGAUUGAAUCAAUUGCUCCAGAAAAGAUCGAAAAAGUAAAGACAAAGAAAACCAUUGAGGAUAUUCCCGAUGAUGUUAAGAUCAGUGAAGUUAUAACUGAGGAACAAACACCUGAGAAAUCUAUUAAGAAACGAAUAAUUAAGAAAAAAGUUGGCAAAAAACAAGAAAUAACUGAAAUUGUUACAGUUCAAGAACAAAAUAAAGAACCUCAAACUACUGUCAAGAUUACGGAAGCUGAUAUUCCUGAUGAAGAGAUUGAAUCAAUUGCUCCAGAGAAGAUCGAAAAAGUAAAGACAAAGAAAACCAUUGAGGAUAUUCCCGAUGAUGUUAAGAUCAGUGAAGUUAUAACUGAGGAACAAACACCUGAUAAAUCUAUUAAGAAACGAAUAAUCAAGAAAAAGGUUGGCAAAAAACAAGAAAUAACUGAAAUUGUUACAGUUCAAGAACAAAAUAAAGAACCUCAAACUACUGUCAAGAUUACGGAAGCUGAUAUUCCUGAUGAAGAGAUUGAAUCAAUUGCUCCAGAAAAGAUCGAAAAAGUAAAGACAAAGAAAACCAUUGAGGAUAUUCCCGAUGAUGUUAAGAUCAGUGAAGUUAUAACUGAGGAACAAACACCUGAGAAAUCUAUUAAGAAACGAAUAAUUAAGAAAAAGGUUGGCAAGAAACAAGAAAUAACUGAAAUUGUUACAGUUCAAGAACAAAAUAAAGAACCUCAAACUACUGUCAAGAUUACGGAAGCUGAUAUUCCUGAUGAAGAGAUUGAAUCAAUUGCUCCAGAAAAGAUCGAAAAAGUAAAGACAAAGAAAACCACUGAGGAUAUUCCCGAUGAUGUUAAGAUCAGUGAAGUUAUAACUGAGGAACAAACACCUGAGAAAUCUAUUAAGAAACGAACAAUUAAGAAAAAAGUUGGCAAGAAACAAGAAAUAACUGAAAUUGUUACAGUUCAAGAACAAAAUAAAGAACCUCAAACUACUGUCAAGAUUACGGAAGCUGAUAUUCCUGAUGAAGAGAUUGAAUCAAUUUCUCCAGAGAAGAUCGAAAAAGUAAAGACAAAGAAAACCAUUGAGGAUAUUCCCGAUGAUGUUAAGAUCAGUGAAGUUAUAACUGAGGAACAAACACCUGAGAAAUCUAUUAAGAAACGAAUAAUUAAGAAAAAGGUUGGCAAAAAACAAGAAAUAACUGAAAUUGUUACAGUUCAAGAACAAAAUAAAGAACCUCAAACUACAGUCAAGAUUACGGAAGCUGAUAUUCCCGAUGAAGAGAUUGAAUCAAUUGCUCCAGAGAAGAUCGAAAAAGUAAAGACAAAGAAAACCAUUGAGGAUAUUCCCGAUGAUGUUAAGAUCAGUGAAGUUAUAACUGAGGAACAAACACCUGAGAAAUCUAUUAAGAAACGAAUAAUUAAGAAAAAGGUUGGCAAAAAACAAGAAAUAACUGAAAUUGUUACAGUUCAAGAACAAAAUAAAGAACCUCAAACUACAGUCAAGAUUACGGAAGCUGAUAUUCCUGAUGAAGAGAUUGAAUCAAUUGCUCCAGAGAAGAUCGAAAAAGUAAAGACAAAGAAAACCAUUGAGGAUAUUCCCGAUGAUGUUAAGAUCAGUGAAGUUAUAACUGAGGAACAAACACCUGAGAAAUCUAUUAAAAAACGAAUAAUUAAGAAAAAGGUUGGCAAAAAACAAGAAAUAACUGAAAUUGUUACAGUUCAAGAACAAAAUAAAGAACCUCAAACUACAGUCAAGAUUACGGAAGCUGAUAUUCCUGAUGAAGAGAUUGAAUCAAUUGCUCCAGACAAGAUCGAAAAAGUAAAGACAAAGAAAACCAUUGAGGAUAUUCCCGAUGAUGUUAAGAUCAGUGAAGUUAUAACUGAGGAACAAACACCUGAGAAAUCUAUUAAGAAACGAACAAUUAAGAAAAAGGUUGGCAAGAAACAAGAAAUAACUGAAAUUGUUACAGUUCAAGAACAAAAUAAAGAACCUCAAACUACAGUCAAGAUUACGGAAGCUGAUAUUCCCGAUGAAGAGAUUGAAUCAAUUGCUCCAGAGAAGAUCGAAAAAGUAAAGACAAAGAAAACCAUUGAGGAUAUUCCCGAUGAUGUUAAGAUCAGUGAAGUUAUAACUGAGGAACAAACACCUGAGAAAUCUAUUAAGAAACGAAUAAUUAAGAAAAAGGUUGGCAAAAAACAAGAAAUAACUGAAAUUGUUACAGUUCAAGAACAAAAUAAAGAACCUCAAACUACAGUCAAGAUUACGGAAGCUGAUAUUCCUGAUGAAGAGAUUGAAUCAAUUGCUCCAGAGAAGAUCGAAAAAGUAAAGACAAAGAAAACCAUUGAGGAUAUUCCCGAUGAUGUUAAGAUCAGUGAAGUUAUAACUGAGGAACAAACACCUGAGAAAUCUAUUAAAAAACGAAUAAUUAAGAAAAAGGUUGGCAAAAAACAAGAAAUAACUGAAAUUGUUACAGUUCAAGAACAAAAUAAAGAACCUCAAACUACAGUCAAGAUUACGGAAGCUGAUAUUCCUGAUGAAGAGAUUGAAUCAAUUGCUCCAGACAAGAUCGAAAAAGUAAAGACAAAGAAAACCAUUGAGGAUAUUCCCGAUGAUGUUAAGAUCAGUGAAGUUAUAACUGAGGAACAAACACCUGAGAAAUCUAUUAAGAAACGAACAAUUAAGAAAAAGGUUGGCAAGAAACAAGUAAUAACUGAAAUUGUUACAGUUCAAGAACAAAAUAAAGAACCUCAAACUACAGUCAAGAUUACGGAAGCUGAUAUUCCUGAUGAAGAGAUUGAAUCAAUUGCUCCAGAGAAGAUCGAAAAAGUAAAGACAAAGAAAACCAUUGAGGAUAUUCCCGAUGAUGUUAAGAUCAGUGAAGUUAUAACUGAGGAACAAACACCUGAGAAAUCUAUUAAAAAACGAAUAAUUAAGAAAAAAGUUGGCAAGAAACAAGAAAUAACUGAAAUUGUUACAAUUCAUGAACAAGAUAAAGAACCUUUAGUUACUGUUACUGUUUCCGAAAUUACACAAGACACUGAUACUAUACACGAAACACAAAGUACACAAUUAGACACAAUUAAAUUAAAUUUCAUCACUGAUACGCCACACGAACCAACAGUUACACUUACAGAACACAUUACAGAAGAUACUGAAAACAUGAAAACAAUUAAAAAACGUACACUUAAAAAGAAAGUAGGAAAGAAACAAGAAAUAACUGAAAUUGUCACUGUACACGAGCAAAAUAAGGAACCACAAACAACAAUAACCGUUGUUGAAUCCGAGGUUCCUGAAGAGGACAUUGAAGAAAUCAAACCUCACGAAUUCAACAAAGAGAAAUCUAAGAAAAUUAUUGAAGAGAUUCCAACUGAUGUAAAGAUUUCAGAAGUCAUAUCUGAAGAACAAACACCAGAAAAAUCUAUUAAGAAGCGUGUAAUCAAAAAGAAGGUUGGCAAGAAACAAGAAAUAACUGAGAUUGUCACUGUACACGAGCAAAAUAAGGAACCACAAACAACAAUAACCGUUGUUGAGUCCGAGGUUCCUAAGGAGGACGUUGAAGAAAUCAAACCUCACGAAUUCAACAAAGAGAAAUCUAAGAAGAUUGUUGAAGAGAUUCCUACUGAUGUAAAGAUUUCAGAAGUCAUAUCUGAAGAACAAACACCAGAAAAAUCUAUUAAGAAGCGUGUAAUCAAAAAGAAGGUUGGCAAGAAACAAGAAAUAACUGAGAUUGUCACUGUACACGAGCAAAAUAAGGAACCACAAACAACAAUAACCGUUGUUGAAUCCGAGGUUCCUGAAGAGGACAUUGAAGAAAUCAAACCUCACGAAUUCAACAAAGAGAAAUCUAAGAAGAUUGUUGAAGAGAUUCCAACUGAUGUAAAGAUUUCAGAAGUCAUAUCUGAAGAACAAACACCAGAAAAAUCUAUUAAGAAGCGUGUAAUCAAAAAGAAGGUUGGCAAGAAACAAGAAAUAACUGAGAUUGUCACUGUACACGAGCAAAAUAAGGAACCACAAACAACAAUAACCGUUGUUGAGUCCGAGGUUCCUGAAGAGGACAUUGAAGAAAUCAAACCUGACGAGUUCAACAAAGAGAAAUCUAAGAAGAUUGUUGAAGAGAUUCCAACUGAUGUAAAGAUUUCAGAAGUCAUAUCUGAAGAACAAACACCAGAAAAAUCUAUUAAGAAGCGUGUAAUCAAAAAGAAGGUUGGAAAGAAACAAGAAAUAACUGAGAUUGUCACUGUACACGAGCAAAAUAAGGAACCACAAACAACAAUAACCGUUGUUGAGUCCGAGGUUCCUGAGGAGGACAUUGAAGAAAUCAAACCUCACGAAUUCAACAAAGAGAAAUCUAAGAAGAUUGUUGAAGAGAUUCCAACUGAUGUAAAGAUUUCAGAAGUCAUAUCUGAAGAACAAACACCAGAAAAAUCUAUUAAGAAGCGUGUAAUCAAAAAGAAGGUUGGCAAGAAACAAGAAAUAACUGAAAUUGUCACUGUACACGAGCAAAAUAAGGAACCACAAACAACAAUAACCGUUGUUGAAUCCGAGGUUCCUGAAGAGGACAUUGAAGAAAUCAAACCUCACGAAUUCAACAAAGAGAAAUCUAAGAAGAUUGUUGAAGAGAUUCCAACUGAUGUAAAGAUUUCAGAAGUCAUAUCUGAAGAACAAACACCAGAAAAAUCUAUUAAGAAGCGUGUAAUCAAAAAGAAGGUUGGCAAGAAACAAGAAAUAACUGAGAUUGUCACUGUACACGAGCAAAAUAAGGAACCACAAACAACAAUAACCGUUGUUGAGUCCGAGUUUCCUGAAGAGGACAUUGAAGAAAUCAAACCUGACGAGUUCAACAAAGAGAAAUCUAAGAAGAUUGUUGAAGAGAUUCCAACUGAUGUAAAGAUUUCAGAAGUCAUAUCUGAAGAACAAACACCAGAAAAAUCUAUUAAGAAGCGUGUAAUCAAAAAGAAGGUUGGCAAGAAACAAGAAAUAACUGAGAUUGUCACUGUACACGAACAAAAUAAGGAACCACAAACAACAAUAACCGUUGUUGAGUCCGAGGUUCCUGAGGAGGACGUUGAAGAAAUCAAACCUCACGAAUUCAACAAAGAGAAAUCUAAGAAGAUUGUUGAAGAGAUUCCAACUGAUGUAAAGAUUUCAGAAGUUAUAUCUGAAGAACAAACACCAGAAAAAUCUAUUAAGAAGCGUGUAAUCAAAAAGAAGGUUGGCAAGAAACAAGAAAUAACUGAGAUUGUCACUGUACACGAGCAAAAUAAGGAACCACAAACAACAAUAACCGUUGUUGAGUCCGAGGUUCUUGAGGAGGACAUCGAAGAAAUCAAACCUCACGAAUUCAACAAAGAGAAAUCUAAGAAGAUUGUUGAACAGAUUCCAACUGAUGUAAAGAUUUCAGAAGUCAUAUUUGAAGAACAAACACCAGAAAAAUCUAUUAAGAAGCGUGUAAUCAAAAAGAAGGUUGGCAAGAAACAAGAAAUAACUGAGAUUGUCACUGUACACGAGCAAAAUAAGGAACCACAAACAACAAUAACCGUUGUUGAGUCCGAGGUUCCUGAAGAGGACAUUGAAGAAAUCAAACCUGACGAGUUCAAAAAAGAGAAAUCUAAGAAGAUUGUUGAAGAGAUUCCAACUGAUGUAAAGAUUUCAGAAGUCAUAUCUGAAGAACAAACACCAGAAAAAUCUAUUAAGAAGCGUGUAAUCAAAAAGAAGGUUGGCAAGAAACAAGAAAUAACUGAGAUUGUCACUGUACACGAGCAAAAUAAGGAACCACAAACAACAAUAACCGUUGUUGAGUCCGAGGUUCCUGAAGAGGGCAUUGAAGAAAUCAAACCUCACGAAUUCAACAAAGAGAAAUCUAAGAAGAUUGUUGAAGAGAUUCCAACUGAUGUAAAGAUUUCAGAAGUCAUAUCUGAAGAACAAACACCAGAAAAAUCUAUUAAGAAGCGUGUAAUCAAAAAGAAGGUUGGCAAAAAACAAGAAAUAACUGAGAUUGUCACUGUACACGAGCAAAAUAAGGAACCACAAACAACAAUAACCGUUGUUGAGUCCGAGGUUCCUGAGGAGGACGUUGAAGAAAUCAAACCUCACGAAUUCAACAAAGAGAAAUCUAAGAAGAUUGUUGAAGAGAUUCCAACUGAUGUAAAGAUUUCAGAAGUCAUAUCUGAAGAACAAACACCAGAAAAAUCUAUUAAGAAGCGUGUAAUCAAAAAGAAGGUUGGCAAAAAACAAGAAAUAACUGAGAUUGUCACUGUACACGAGCAAAAUAAGGAACCACAAACAACAAUAACCGUUGUUGAGUCCGAGGUUCCUGAGGAGGACGUUGAAGAAAUCAAACCUCACGAAUUCAACAAAGAGAAAUCUAAGAAGAUUGUUGAAGAGAUUCCAACUGAUGUAAAGAUUUCAGAAGUCAUAUCUGAAGAACAAACACCAGAAAAAUCUAUUAAGAAGCGUGUAAUCAAAAAGAAGGUUGGCAAGAAACAAGAAAUAACUGAGAUUGUCACUGUACACGAGCAAAAUAAGGAACCACAAACAACAAUAACCGUUGUUGAGUCCGAGGUUCUUGAGGAGGACAUUGAAGAAAUCAAACCUCACGAAUUCAACAAAGAGAAAUCUAAGAAGAUUGUUGAAGAGAUUCCAACUGAUGUAAAGAUUUCAGAAGUCAUAUCUGAAGAACAAACACCAGAAAAAUCUAUUAAGAAGCGUGUAAUUACAAAAAAGGUUGGCAAAAGACAGGAAAUUAUCGAAAUUGUUAAAAUUGAUGAAGAAAAUAAGGAACCAGUUGUUUCAGUUUCAAUAUCCGAAAUUUCUUUAGACACUGACACUUUACAAGAAACACCUUUCGAUAAAUUAAAAUCUACAAAAUGUGAUAUUGUUACACCUGAACAAGAAAACAUAACAAUCACAGAGCAUAUAUCACAAACAGACGACCAAAACAAAAAGAUACACAAGCGAACAAUAACGAAAAAAGUUGGAAAGAAGCAAGAAAUAACUGAAAUUGUUACAAUUAAGGAAGAAAAACAAGAUCAGGAAACUAUUCUUAGUAUAUCGCAAAUUGAAGAACCUCUUGAGGAAAUUGAAUUAUUUGAUACACAAGAGAUUAGAAAACAGAAAACUAAAGAAACAGUCGAAGAUAUUCCAGCUGAUAUCAAAAUUUCAGAAAUAUUAACGGAAGAACAAACACCUGAAAAAUCGAUUAAAAAACGCGUUAUCAAAAAGAAAGUUGGCAAGAAGCAGGAAAUCACUGAAAUUGUUACAGUUCAGGAGCAUAAUAAAGAACCUCAAACUACAGUUACGGUAACUGAAUCAGAAAUUCCUGAGGAAGAAAUUGAGACAAUUAAACCUCAUGAGUUCGUCGAAGAAAAAUCUAAACCACUCAUUGAGGAGGUUCCAUCUGAUGUCAAGAUCUCCGAGGUCAUAACUGAAGAGAAGGCUCCAGAAAAGUCUGUCAAGAAGAGAGUAAUCACAAAGAAGGUUGGCAAGAAACAGGAGGUUACCGAAAUUGUAACUGUGCAAGAAGAGAACAAAGAACCUCAAACAACAAUCACUGUGCUCGAGUCUGAGCUCCCUGAGGAGGAAAUUGAGACAAUUAAACCUCAUGAGUUCGUUGAGGAAAAAUCUAAGCCACUCAUUGAGGAGGUUCCAUCUGACGUCAAGAUCUCCGAGGUCAUAACUGAAGAGAAGGCUCCAGAAAAGUCUGUCAAGAAGAGAGUAAUCACAAAGAAGGUUGGCAAGAAACAAGAGGUUACCGAAAUAGUAACUGUGCAAGAAGAGAACAAAGAACCUCAAACAACAAUCACUGUGCUCGAAUCUGAGCUUGCUGAGGAGGAAAUUGAGACAAUUAAACCUCGUGAGGUCGUUGAGGAGAAAUCUAAACCACUCAUUGAGGAGGUUCCAUCUGACGUCAAGAUCUCCGAGGUCAUAACUGAAGAGAAGGCUCCAGAAAAGUCUGUCAAGAAGAGAGUAAUCACAAAGAAGGUUGGCAAGAAACAAGAGGUUACCGAAAUAGUAACUGUGCAAGAAGAGAACAAAGAACCUCAAACAACAAUCACUGUGCUCGAGUCUGAGCUUCCUGAGGAGGAAAUUGAGACAAUUAAACCUCACGAGUUCGUAGAGGAAAAAUCUAAGCCACUCAUUGAGGAGGUUCCAUCUGAUGUCAAGAUCUCCGAGGUCAUAACUGAAGAGAAGGCUCCAGAAAAGUCUGUCAAGAAGAGAGUAAUCACAAAGAAGGUUGGCAAGAAACAGGAGGUUACCGAAAUUGUAACUGUGCAAGAAGAGAACAAAGAACCUCAAACAACAAUCACUGUGCUCGAGUCUGAGCUUCCUGAGGAGGAAAUUGAGACAAUUAAACCUCAUGAGUUCGUUGAGGAAAAAUCUAAGCCACUCAUUGAGGAGGUUCCAUCUGAUAUCAAGAUCUCCGAGGUCAUAACUGAAGAGAAGGCUCCAGAAAAGUCUGUCAAGAAGAGAGUAAUCACAAAGAAGGUUGGCAAGAAACAGGAGGUUACCGAAAUUGUAACUGUGCAAGAAGAGAACAAAGAACCUCAAACAACAAUCACUGUGCUCGAGUCUGAGCUCCCUGAGGAGGAAAUUGAGACAAUUAAACCUCAUGAGUUCGUCGAGGAAAAAUCUAAGCCACUCAUUGAGGAGGUUCCAUCUGAUAUCAAGAUCUCCGAGGUCAUAACUGAAGAGAAGGCUCCAGAAAAGUCUGUCAAGAAGAGAGUAAUCACAAAGAAGGUUGGCAAGAAACAGGAGGUUACCGAAAUAGUAACUGUGCAAGAAGAGAACAAAGAACCUCAAACAACAAUCACUGUGCUCGAGUCUGAGCUUCCUGAGGAGGAAAUUGAGACAAUUAAACCUCAUGAGUUCGUCGAGGAAAAAUCUAAGCCACUCAUUGAGGAGGUUCCAUCUGACGUCAAGAUCUCCGAGGUCAUAACUGAAGAGAAGGCUCCAGAAAAGUCUGUCAAGAAGAGAGUAAUCACAAAGAAGGUUGGCAAGAAACAAGAGGUUACCGAAAUAGUAACUGUGCAAGAAGAGAACAAAGAACCUCAAACAACAAUCACUGUGCUCGAGUCUGAGCUCCCUGAGGAGGAAAUUGAGACAAUUAAACCUCAUGAGUUCGUUGAGGAAAAAUCUAAGCCACUCAUUGAGGAGGUUCCAUCUGAUGUCAAGAUUUCUGAAGUAAUAACUGAGGAAGAAGUUCCAGAAAAAACUAUUAAAAAGAAAACAACUACUAAAAAGGCUGGAAAGAAACAAGAAAUAUCUGAGAUCGUGGAAGUGAAAGAAGAAUCAAAAGAACCUUCACAAGAAACUGUAAAUGAGCCUGAAGAGCUUGAGGAAAAGAUUGAAGUAAUCAAACCUCAAGAAAUAGUUGAGGAAACAUCUAAGCCACUCAUUGAGGAGGUUCAAUCUGAUGUCAAGAUUUCUGAAGUAAUAACUGAGGAAGAAGUUCCAGAAAAAACUAUUAAAAAGAAAACAACUACUAAAAAGGCUGGAAAGAAACAAGAAAUAUCUGAGAUCGUGGAAGUGAAAGAAGAAUCAAAAGAACCUUCACAAGAAACUGUAAAUGAGCCUGAAGAGCUUGAGGAAAAGAUUGAAGUAAUCAAACCUCAAGAAAUAGUUGAGGAAAAACCUAAAACAGAAAUUGAAGAACAAACAUUAGACACUGCUACAAAAGAACAACCAGACACUCUCAUUGAUUCCACAUUACCCGAAGAAAUUCCCGAAGAGUUUGUCGAGGAAUCAAUCACUGAAGAAAUCCAAGAAAAGAAGGCACCAAAGAAAAUUGUUAAGAAAAAAGUCAAGAAACCUAAAGAUGAUAUUGAUGAAAUCACAAGAAAAUUAUUAGAAAUGGAAGUUGAAAAAACUGAAUUAGAAACAUUUGAUUCAACCGUCCAUGAGGUUUAUAAGAAAGAAGAUGCUCCAGUGGUGGUUAAAAAACCUAAAUUAGUACCAAUUAAAAUUGAGAUGAAGCAAAUUAAACCAUCAAAACCUGUUGUGACAGAACCAGAACAACCUCAAACAAUUGUUCUUCGCAAAACGAAAGUCACACCUAAGAAAGCGGUUGAAGAGACAAAACUUCCAACUGUUUUACUCAAGAGUAGAAUUGUACGAGUUGAAUAUCCACCAGAAGAAAAAACUUUCGAAAUUGUUGAUUUAAAGACAAUCAGAGGUAGAGGAGAAAUGACUCGCAUUGAAGAAGAAGAAAAGGAAGUCAAAAAGGUUAAAAAGAUUAAAAAGUUUAAAGCUCCAAAAGAUGAAAGACCAGAGCUUGAGGAAGUCGAAUCCUUUGAAGAAGAGGAGAAAGCUCCAGCACCAGAACCAGUAGAGGAAGAAAAACCUAAAUAUGAAAGAAAACCAAAAGAAGUCCCGGAACCAGAAGAAGUUGAAAAUAAAACACUUAAACUUGGCAAAGGCAAAGUUCCAGUUCAAGAAACACCAGAAGAAAUUGUUAAAUUAAAGAAGAUCCCUGAAAAGCCGCAACCAGUUGUUGAGGAAGAAAUAAAGCUUAAACCAAAACCAGAACCAGAAGUGAAACAAGAAGAAAUACCAAAGAAAAAGAGGGAAAAACAAAAGUUAGAACCAUUACAACCAUUUGAACCUUCUGAAGCUGAACCAAUUGAAAAAGAAGUUUACGAGCCAACACCAAUUGAAAAAGAAGUGAAAGAAAAACCUGAAGAGAAAGAUACUUAUCAGCGUAAACCAAAACCAGAAGAAAAGAAAGAAGAACCUGAAAUAAAUAUUGUUUUAGGUAAGCCAAAACCAAAAGAAGAACCUGAGGAGCCUGAAGUUAAAUUCAGAAUUCCUCAACGUCCAAAGAGUCCAUCACCUGAAGAACAAAUCAAAUUGAAGCCAUUCACAAAGCCAAAAGAAGAAACAGAAGAAGAAAAAGAGCCCAAGUAUGAUUUGAAAAUUAAAUUUGACGAUAAACCUAAAGAUGAUGAAGAUUUUGAAGUUACAAUUGAGCCACUACCAGAUAAAGAAAAGGAACCAAAAGCUAAAAAGAAGGUUAAAAAACCAAAGAAACCAGUAGAAGAAGAUACAGAGCUUGAGAGACUUCUUAACCUUGAUAUUGAAAAGACAGAAUUAGAAAAAUACGAAAAAAUUGAUGUCGAUGUUCCAAAGAAGGUCAAACCUGAGCCAAAGAAAGAAGAACCUCAAAAGGUAGUUGAAGAAAAGGUCGAACCCAAAGAGGUUAUUCCAGAAAAACCAAAAGAGGAAAAGAAACCAGAAGAGCCUGAGAAGAUUGAACCAGCUAAAAUUAAACCACCAAGACCAAAGAAGGAAAAGCCUCAAGAAAAACCAGAAGAAAAAGUUGAAGAUACGCUUGAAACUAUUUUACAACGUAAACUCAAGCGUCGUGAAAUGACAAAAGAAACAGUUGAAAUGAAGACUCAAGAGCCACAAUUUGCUCAAACAACUGAACCACAAUCUGCAUAUGAAGCAGAAUUGGAGAACAUUAGACGCAAAUUGUCAAAGGUUGAUUCAAAUGUCGACUCGACUGAAGAAGUUUCUGAAAGAGAAGUCAAGCCAGAAAAGAAAAAGCAGAAGAAAAUCAAAAAGAAGAAUACUUCAGAAAUGGAUGCUGAGUUAGAGCGUUUGCUUAACUUAGAGAUUGAAAGAACUGAAUUAGAAAAAUACGAGAAGGUUGAUAUUGAGCUUAGCAAACGUGAAAAACUUGAGCCACAAGAAGUUGUCACUGUUUAUCAAAGACCACAGAAGGUAGUCAUCGAAGAAGAACCUCAAAAAUUAGUCACACUUAAAAUAAAUAAGAAAGAAAAACCAGAGGAAGAGAUUGAAGAAAGCUUUAGUCUCAAGAAGCCUAAGCAAUUUGAGCUUCCAGAACCUGAGGAAGUUAGUAUUAAACUUAAACCUUUUGUUAAAGAACCAGUUGAGGAGACUGAAGAGGUAACCUUCGAUGUUAAGAAGAAGCCAGAAGUAAUCGAAGAGGUGGAAGUCAUUGAGACAAUCAAGAAAACAAGGAAGCCUAAACCAUCAGAGGAAGCUGAAACUGAUUUUACAAUCAAAAAACCAAAGAAGCCCAAAGUCGAAGUCGAAGAGGCUGAAGUCUCAAUUACUAAAACAUUAAAACCAGAACCUGAACCGAUUAUUGAAGAACCAACUGAAGAAGUCACAUUUGGUAUUAAGAAACCAAAACCAAAAGAAAUUGUGACCGAAGAGGUUGAAGUUGUCGAAACAAUCAAAAAGAAGAAGAAACCUAAACCUACAGAGGAAACUGAGUCAGAACUCUCAAUUAAAAAGACUAGGAAACCUAAAGUUGAGACUGCAGAAGCUGAAGUUUCAAUCACCAAGACAAUUGAGCAAGAACCAGAGCCGAUUGUUGAAGAACCAACUGAGGAGGUCACUUUCGGUAUCAAAAAACCAAAAAUGAGAGAAAUGGUCACAGAAGAGAUUGAAAUUUCUGAAACAUUGAAGAAACCAAAGAAACCUGAACAGGAAAUGACAGAAGAAGUCACAUUUGGUUUGAAAAAACCAAAACCUCAACCUGUGAUUACAGAAGAUGUUGAGGUGGUUGAAACCAUCAGAAAGAAGAAGAAGCCAAAACUUUCUGAAGAAGUUGAAGCAGAAAUGAGCAUUAAGAAGCCAUCCAAGCCUAAAGUCCAAAACGAAGAAGCUGAGGCUACAUUCACAAAGACUAUUGAAAUGCCUGAUGAAGAGCCUAUUGUUGAGGAAAUUAUUGUUGAGGAGCCCGAAGAUAUUACAGAAGAUUUUGUCUUCAAACGCAAGCCAAAACCAAAACCAGCUCCAAAAUACGAAGAACACAAUGAAGAAGUUACGAUUAAGAAACUUAGAAAGCCUCAUAAACGUCCUGAAUUCCCAGAAUAUGCUGAACCUGAGAAUGUCACAUUCAGACCAAAACGUACAACACACAAAGAAGAUGUUGACCAAGAAUUCAAAAUUCAACUUGAUUCUUAUGCUGAAGAAGAAAUUUCAAUGUCUGGUAAAGUUAAAUUAAAGAAGCCUAAACCAGUAUACUUUGAAGAUGCAGGAGAACAUAAUAUGAAGAUCUAUCAAGAAGUUGAGGAUGACGGACCAAUUAUAGAAGAAAUUAUUGAUGAAGGCAGUGAACCAGAAGAUACAUUCUACGAUGUUGAUGAGCCUGAUGAGUUCUCAGAUAAGGAAGUUUUGCCUGAAGAUGAAGAACCAGAGGACGUCAUUGUUAAAUUGAAACGUCGCAAGCAAAAGGUUCCUUAUAAGGUACAAGACUAUGAAGAAGAAUCUGUGUCAUUAGGUUUACCACGCAAGAAGAGACGUCAAAAGAUUUCAUCAUAUGAUGAAGAUUCUCUUCAAUUAAGAUUGAAGCGUCGCUCAGGACCUAAAUAUAUUGAAGAAGAGAACUCAUUGAGUAUCACUCGCGAACUUCAUGAAGAAGACAUGAUGGUUUCAAUUUGCUCAGUCGUCUCAGACAAUGAAGACACAUUGAAUCUUGUAGAAGGUGAGAAGGUCUACGUCAUGGAUCGUUAUAAUGCUGACUGGUGGUUUAUCAGAAAACAAUUGACUAAUGAGAAGGGAUGGACUGAAUCUCAAAAUCUUAUGGAUGCUGUAAGCUACACUCAUUAUGUACAGAAGAAACUUAAUGAGAAGAUUGACAAACUUCCAAUUAUUGAGAAACCUGGUCCAGACGACAAAUCAUUGGCACCAAGAUUCGUUGAAAAGCUUCAACCCAUUACAUCACAAGAAGGACACACUGUUCAAUUUGAAUGCAAGGUUGAAGGCUUUCCAAGACCACAAAUUACAUGGUUCCGUCAAACACAAAUUAUUUUGGCAUCUGAGGACUUCCAAAUGUACUAUGACGAUGAUGAUGUUGCUACAUUGAUCAUUCGUGAUGUCUUCCCAGAAGAUGCUGGUACAUUUACUUGUGUAGCUAAAAAUGCGGCUGGUUUCGCUUCAAGUACAACUGAAUUGACAGUUGAAUAUUCAGAACAUGGAUCAGAAAUGACAUCAAGAAGAAGCAUGUCUAGGGAAUCAUCAUUGGCUGACAUUUUGGAAGGCGUUCCACCAAUCUUUUCACGUAAACCAAAAGUUAAAUGUGUAGAUGAAGGCUCAAAUGUUAUCAUUGAUUGUCGCUUGGUUGCUGUACCUAAACCAACAAUUAAAUGGUACUUUGAAGGAAAGGAACUCGAAACAGCACAUAAUAUUAAGCUUGUCACCAAAUCUGAUCAUCAUAUGUACUGCACUGUCAUGCAAAUUACGAAUGUGACAAAGAAACAAGAAGGUAAAUACAGAUGUAUAGCCACAAACAAGCAAGGUGAAACAAUCCUUCCAAUCAAACUGAAGGUCAGAACUGGAGAAAAAGAGAAACCAGAAAUUUUGGAGCCAUUAAAUAACACCGUUGUUCGUGAAGGUGAAACAGUUACAUUUACAACACAAAUCAUUGGAACUCCAACACCAAAAGUACAAUGGUUUAAAAAUGGUGAAGAACUUAAGGAAAAUAUUACACACGAUAAGGAUGUCUACACAAUGAAGAUUAUUACAACAAAAGAAACUGAUAGUGGUGAAUAUACAAUUAAGGCCACCAACUCUGCAGGUACAGCAUUUGCAGAAUGUACAUUAACGGUUGAAGAGAGUGGCUUACAUUUCGAGCCACCUAUGUUCACUACACGAUUCGAGGAAGUUGUUGUUAAGCAAAACGAGACAAUCACAUUGUCAGCUAAAGUUACUGGCAUGCCACAACCUGAAAUCACAUGGUUAAGAAACAAUAAGCCACUUCAACCAUCAGACAGAAUCAAGUCAGAAUAUGAUGGUGAAAACAUCACUCUUACAAUCACAAAGGCCGAUUCUGAAACUGAUUCUGGUGACUAUAAAUGUGUAGCUAGUAACAUAAUUGGAAAGGCAUCACACGGUGCAAAGGUUCUUAUUGAUGUUGACAAAGUCAAAUUUACUAAACCAUUACACAAAACAUACACUGUUGAGGAGAACAGGACAACAACAUUAGAAUGUGAGACAUCACAUUCAGUCACAACGAAAUGGUACCACAAUGAUAAGGAAUUAACUGGCAUGGAUCAUCGUGUGAUUGUUCAUGAAGCAAGAAUUCACAAGCUUGUCAUUAAAUCUUCAUCAUUUGAAGAUGCUGGUUUCUAUAAAUGCACAGUCAAGGACCAAGUCACUGAUUGUGAACUCAAAGUAGUCGAGACUAAACCAGAAUUCAUUAGAAAACUUGAAGAUAUCGAGUCUGAUGAAUUAGAAACAAUUGUUCUCGAAGUAGAAAUCACAUCUGAGACAGCAACCGUGUCCUGGUACAAAGAUGGCGAAGAGAUCAAACCCAAACCAAAUAAAACUGAAAUGGUUAAGAAAGGAAAAGUUCAUCAACUUGUUGUAAGAGAAGUAACAGUCUACGAUGAAGGUGAAUACACUUGUGUACUUGCUGAUCAUGAAUGUUCUGGUGAUGUCACAGUUAUUGAAUUGCCACCAGCAUUGCUUUAUGAUCUAGAGGAUAUUACAAUCUCUCAAGGUGAAAAGGCAAUCUUUGAAGUUGAACUUACUAAAGGUGAUGCAUUAGUCAAAUGGUUCAAGAAUGGCGAAGAAAUUCUGUUCUCAGAUCACGUUCAAUUGAGAAUUGAUGGUAAGAAACAGAAAUUGAAGAUUUAUGAUGCACUUUUGGAAGAUGGUGGUGAAUAUUCAUGCAUGGUUGGUGAUCAAGUAUCUACAGCCACUCUUAAAGUUGAGAAACCAUUAGUUGAAUUCGUUAAGCGCUUACCAGACAUCACAUUAGUUACAAAGGACAAGGAAAUCACAAUGACAGUAGAAUUGACACAACCUGUAAAUGUUGAAUGGUUCAAAAAUAAUGAGCCCAUCAAGCCAUCGGAUAAAUAUACAAUCAUCGAUGAAGGCACAGUCAAGAAACUUAUUAUCCACAAUGCUGAAGAAACUGAUGCACAACAAUACACAGUUGUUGCUGAAAAUGUCAAAUCAACAACAAAACUUAAAGUUGAAAUUAUCAAAUCAGCACCAGUCAUUGCACUGGAUGAUUUGAAUAAGGUUUAUAGAGUUAAGGAAGACGAUGAAGUGACAUUCAAUAUUAAGUUCAAUGCAACACCUAAACCUGAAUGCGAAUGGACAACUUCAGAGACAAUAAUCAAGAAAUCACCCAGACAUGAACCAAAGGUAACAGAUCAAUAUGCAAGCUUGACAAUUAAGAGAAUCGUUGAGACUGAUGCCGGUGAUUAUAAUGUUAAAUUGACAAAUGUUUGUGGUGAGGUUGAAACGACACUUAAAGUUAUUUAUAUGAAACAACCAUCACAGCCUGGUUCUCCUGAGCCAGUAGAAUUGACUGACGACUCUAUCACAUUAUUCUGGCCAGCACCCGAAGAUGAUGGAAAUUGUGAAAUUACAGAAUACAUCCUAGAGUACCAAGAAAUAAGAGAAAAGACAUGGAAAAAGAUCACAAAGAUUAAGGAAACAACAUAUACAAUUACAGAACUCAGAAAAGAUACAGAGAUGAGAUUCCAAGUGACUGCUGUGAAUGAAAUUGGACCAAGUAAACCAUCAGUGCCAUCAAGUGCAAAGAUAUCCAAACCAAUCAAGAAAGAACCUCCAACAUUCACUGAAUCUCUUAAGGAUGUAACAAUAGGCUUAAAUAAAUCUCAUACACUUUCCUGUGUCGUCGGUGGCAUUCCAAUUCCAGAAGUAAUGUGGUACAAAGAUGAUCAACCAUUUGCAUCAAAAUUCUUAUCAUACGAGAGUCGUAUCUCAAAAUAUACAAUUGAAACGACAACAGAAACAACGGCUGGAACCUACAAGUGUAUAGCAACAAAUGAAAUGGGUGAAUCGACUACAACAUGUAAUGUUGUAAUUCAAGAGAAGCCAUCAAUUACGAUUGAUGAAAAAUUAAUCUCACAAAAUCUUCGUGUACAAUCCCAAUAUGAAGUUGUGGCUAAUGUGACUGGAUAUCCAGUUCCAAAAGUACAAUGGUUUAAAGACAAUAUUAAGAUUGAUACAAAUGAAGAAUACACAGUUGAGACAACAAAGACGACAACAAGGCUUUUCAUUAAGAGCAUUGAAAGACACCAUAGUGGUAAAUUUACAGUAAAGGCAAAGAACACAGCUGGUACAGCUGUUGUAGACUUGUCAGUAUCUGUAAUCGAUAAGCCAAGUAAACCAGAAGGUCCACUUCUAUUCCGUGAAAUUAGUGACGAAGCAGUCGUGUUAGAAUGGAAAGCACCAGGAGAUGAUGGUGGUCUUGACAUUCAGCAAUACUCAAUUGAAAAAUGUGAUCCAAAUCAAAAGGCAUGGAUUAAGAUUGCCGAUGUCGAUAAGAACAUUGAAUCAUAUUGCAUUCAAAAUCUCACUGAGAAUGCACAGUAUUUAUUCCGUGUUAUUGCCAAGAAUCCAAUGGGCAGUUCAGAGCCAUUAGAAAGUGAAGCUGUAACUGUUAAGAGAGUAGCAGAAAGACCAUCACCACCACGUGGACCAAUUGAAAUCUCAGGUAUGACCGACACAUCAUUCACACUUACAUGGAAGCCAUCCGAAAAGGAUGGCGGAUCUAGAAUAAUUGAGUAUCUUGUGGAAAUUCGUGAAAGUAACAAGAAGGUAUGGAAGAUGCUAAGCAUAACCUCCUUCGAUACAACAACAGUCUAUGUACAAAAAUUGAUUAAAGAUCAAGGCUAUCAUUUCCGAAUCACAGCCAGAAACAAGAUUGGAACAAGUGAUCCAUUAAUCACAGACGAUAAGAUCGUUGCUGGACGUCAAAUAACACCACCAUCACCACCACAAAACUUGAGAAUUGUCAAUGUGACAAGCAAGAGUGUGACAAUUGAGUGGGAGACGCCAGAAAGCAACGGUGGAGCUGAAAUUACAGCAUAUAUUAUAGAAAAAUUAUUGACAAAAUCAUCACAAUGGAGUCGAGUGGCAACACUUGAUUCUUAUUGCCUCAGUUACUGUAUAGACAAUUUGAAAGAGACUAAUGAACUUAACUUCAGAGUAUCAGCUGAAAAUGCAAUGGGUGUAAGCGCACCUGCCUACACAGAUUCUGUAAUUCUUAAGACGCAUGCAACCGUUCCAUCACCACCAACUGGACCAUUAGAAAUUCGUCUUAUUGGUUCAAGUACACACGUUGUUGAGUGGGGUAUUCCAGAAACAGAUGGCGGAGCACCACUUCAAGGAUAUAAUAUUGCAAUUCGCGAUAUCAAGAAGACAAUGUGGAUUGAAGUUGGACGAUGCAAGGAGGAUGUACAGAAGUUUAAUAUUCGUGAUUUACAAGACGGUCAUAAGUACCUCAUCAGAAUUUAUGCACAUAAUGAAGUUGGUCUCAGUGAUCCACUUGAGUCUGAAGAGCCAUAUGAAUGCCUUCAUGGUGCUGAAAAUGAUGCCCAUGAUGAUUUACGUUCUCAAAUCACUGAACCAACAGGCUGGAGUACUGAAAACACAUCCUCAUGGAUGCGUGACCAUAAUAUGGAUGCCGAUAUUAGUUCGUAUGCAAGAGCUAAAUUAUUACGACGAGAUGAAUAUUUCUUCAAAAUAUGGCAUUACGCAAAGAAACUUUUCAAAUAAGUUUCAGAUUUUUUUUUUGUUGCUGUUUUUUAAUUUAAUUUUUUCUUUAAUUUGUUUUUUUACGUUACGUUAUUAUUGUAUUGACUUUAUAUCCCUAAAAUCAUAUGCAAUGUGUUAAAUUUACAAAUUAUAAGAUGAACUUGAGAGUUUCUGCCAAAAAUUAAAGAGUAGCACUUAACAUCCUGUGGAAAUUUUCAUAAAUCAUCUUAAAAUUUGCAAAUUUAAAAUUUAUUGCUAUUGUUAUUCUAAGUUGAAAUUGUCAUUCAUGUUUGCUUUUAAGUCAGCAAAAAGUAAAUUGAGAAUCAGCGAAUCUAUUUUCGGGAGACAAAAAAAAAUAUAGAUGCAAACGACUUAAAACGAAAUAAUUCAAUUUACUGUUGCUGAUAAGGGUAAAGAAUGAUUUUCAACUGCAUUUGAGAUUUUUUGCACUUAAUAAAAAUUUAUAUUAUUCAAAAAA